GCCUGAGUAUCUGAGCCACUUCCGCCUGUGUGCACUCAAAUGCAGUGUAGCGGAAGCAUAUGUCACAAAUACACAAAAGAAGGUAUCUUCGGACUGACCUCAGCUCCACACAUUUGUGUGUGAGGGGUACGCAUGUGGAAGCAGAACAGAUAAAUGGAGAAGGGGCACAAGUUUGAGCUUACAGCUCCGUAUGCCCAUAACUGAAGAGAAAAUAGCUAACAGGAGUGACAGAGUUAAAUUAUUUCAUAGCAAAAAGAUUUAACAGAAACCAAUUGCUCCAAACAACAUGGUUUCACAGCCAUAUAGAAAUUACCAGAAGAUUAAAGGGCUCUCUUCUGACUGGCCUAAGACCAACACACUUUCUUUUUUUUAAAUGCUUUUAUUUUGAUUCAAAACAUAAACAUUUGGUUGUAUGCACAAAACUCCAUUCAAAUUAGAAGCAAAGUGUGAGAAGUAGAGGGGAAGGAAUAGUCACUUUAUAGUUCCAACAACAUUGGUUAAUACACUGUUUGACUAGAGUACCUUGGGACUGUUAGUGUCAGAGUUUAAUAUCCAGAGUAGCCAAAUGUCUAUAAAUUUGUCCUGACAUCCCCAGGCUAUAUAAGCUUCUUUAUAAAAUGGUAAAGCUGUGUUGACCAGUGCUUUACAUGCCUCUAUGGUAGGUGCAGCCGGUCUAUUCCAUUUGAGUAAAGUAAUUUUUUUUGCAUAAUAUAAAAGAGUCUGGAGAAACACUCUGCUUUUCUUGGAGAAGACAAUUCCCGUGGUUAGCCCCAGUAAUGCAGCAGAUGAGGUAGGUUCAAUUGGCAGUACCAUAACUUUAGAAAUGAAGGUGAAAACUUGUAUCCAAUAGUCCUGGAUCUCAGCAUAGGACCACUUUAUGUGGUACCAAUUUCCAGGGCCUCUUCCGCAGACACUUGCUAUCAGACCACAUUGAACAUUGAGAAAUUUGUAUUGUAACUGCAGUAGAGCAUCAAUAAUAACGACAGUAACUGCUGCUUGGUUACCUAGUUACAGAAAGGUGAAGGGGCUAAAGGAACUGUAAAAACCAUGUGCCACCCACCAAUCCUUCUGAAUUCAGCACUAACAAUGCUAUAUUCAGAGCAUAGUUAUCUGUUUGAGCUCCAUUUUAGUGGACUGUGUUGCCUGUGCAACUUGUGAUGCUACAUUCAAAGUGAAAAAUUUGUACUUUGCUCCUGACUUCUUGAGGCCUAAUGUUACUUUUGUCACUUUUUAAUGUCAAAGAGUAAUCAAUACUAUAAUAAAAUUCACAGGAUACUGAACUAUGUAUUAUAAUGUAUGAUAAACAGAUAUUUUUUGCAGAUUGGCCAAAAAAAAAAUUACUUUUGCAAACAUUUGUCAGCUACACCCUGACCUCAUUGCUCUUUCUGGAUAAACAGAAACAAUUGCAAAAUUUCUGGCAAGAGGUACCUAAUGUUGUCCUGAUAACGCCUGCCGGGUGUAUCCACUUACAUCUGUGACUUGGAUUUCCUUGCCUGCACACACCCUGAUCUCUAGGUACAGUAUGUAUAAAAGCAAGCAGCUUGGUAUAAGUUUAAUGAAUCCUGAGAGGCACCUCUUAUACUAAGAUCAUGAGAUCCAGGACAGUCUUGGCUCUGCUCCUGACUGUACAUUUUUUUGCUUUAGUCUCCAGUGCCUUGACUCACCGACAGUCAAGGAAUCUUGCUCAGUUCAGCAAUAUAAUCAAAUGUGCAAUCCCUGGAAGCCGACCACUGCUUGAAUUUAAUAAUUAUGGCUGCUACUGUGGACUAGGGGGAUCUGGUACUCCUGUGGAUGAACUUGACAAAUGCUGUCAGAUUCAUGAUAACUGCUAUGACAAAGCCAAACACAUGAACUGUAUUCCAGUCCUGCAAAACCCAUACACAGAGACCUAUUCUUACACCUGCACUGACAACAACAUGAUCUCUUGUGACAAGAACAACAGUGAAUGUGACAUGCACAUCUGUAAUUGUGACCUGAAUGCUGCUCUCUGCUUUUCUCGGGCAUCAUACAGUAAGAAACACAAGAACCUGAACAAGGACAAACACUGCCAGUAAUGGAGUAAGAGCACUUGUAGCACUACUGCUACCAACUGAGUGACCAUACGUAAUACUGAAACAUGCAUACUGGCUGGUCACAAGUGACUUAUUUAUUAGUAGUAUCAUGUGAUCAUCAGUGUCAGUGUUAUUAUUUUCAUAACAGUGCUUUACUAAAUCAUUUUAAUAAUAACAAUAAUUAUUUUGUAAUUUUCAUAGUGUUGGUCUUUAUACCAUUCAUAGAAUAAACAUAUUGUUUUAAA